AUUCAAUCCAUCAGCCUCCUUCGCCAUCACCACUUUUAUCGAAGCGGGCGGAACGAGAGACUGUCACACCUGAAUCCAUUACACACCCAACAAAUCGUAUCCCGACCUCGACUGCAGGGCGGCUACAUACUUUUUUGUCACUGGAGUGAUUUUUUUUGGCGCAAUUCGCACAGACGCUUCAAUUUGAGUUUUUUUUUUUUUUUUUUAUCUUUCUUUUCCUCAACCCUUGUAUCCUCGCCCGGCCUUUUUCAUAUUUUUUUCUGGGCCAGAGGGAUAACACGCUGGAUCCGUUCUUUUUCGCGACAAGCUCUCGCCACGACUCCAGCCACACCUCGAAAAGUCGCAGUCACAGUCCUAGUCCCAGUCCGUCCCGUCGCCAAACGAUGCGACAAGCUCGGGUGAUAACACCCUGACUGGCGAUUGAUUGGUUGAACAACAGAGAAUCACAACAAAAAUAAAAUCGACCUCGCUGGGCCCGGUCGCGCGCGCCACGGCCCUGCCGCCCAUGGCAUCCGACAAAGGCCCCGUCGCAACCGAGGCUGCGUUUGCGACUCCUCCUGCGACCCAGGCCGCCGCCGCCGCCGCCAUCAACGCUGCAGAGCUGUUUGCUUCGGAGUCCGGGAGAUCUGGCUCGCUCAAGAGGGCCCGAGAGGUAACCCCCACCUCGCCAGCCUCAGUAGCCGCCACGCUUCCCAAUUCCGAUCUCUCGCCUUCCAAAAUACAGCGACUCGGCUUCGCAGCUAGACACUCGCCAGCGCCUUUGACGGGUGCCCUCGCCGUAGAAGAAGAGAGGUUGCGCAGGGAAGAGGAGGCUAGACACGCCGACGCUGUCAGCGACAACCCCAGUCGGCGCGUUUUGGACACCUUGAGAUCUGCCACCAUGGAGAUGAGUCGAGCACAAGAUGCCCCCGAGGCACCAGCUACGACAGUUGGUCAGGAUGCGCCGGCCGAUGCCAGCCACCAGGUCCCAAUUCCCGCCUUGAGUCCACACAAACCCGAUGUGCCGGUAGACACGAGCCCUCAACCUCAGGGCGCAAACCACAAUCCGAACGAGGGCGGUGCGCACCUCGUCGUCGACAGCCCUGCGCCCAUGGAUGUUGACCAGCGCAACGAGCAGCAGGCUGGUGGCUUUGUCGCACAAUCCGAUGAGCAAGCUCCGGAGAAACACACAGCAUACUCAUACCCUGGCAUCCAAUCUCCAAGUGCUGCCAUGGCCGCUCCACCUCCACCUCCGCGGGGUAUGAGUCUUCCCAUGAACACAACACAACAUGCGGACAUUGCCCCGAGGUCACCGUCCUCCAAGAAGCACAAGUGUCCCUACUGCAACACGGAAUUUACGAGACACCAUAACCUGAAGAGUCACCUACUCACUCAUAGCCAAGAGAAGCCAUAUAUGUGCAACACAUGCCAAAUGCGCUUCCGCCGGUUGCAUGACCUAAAACGGCACAGCAAACUUCAUACUGGAGAAAAGCCACACGUAUGUCCUAACUGUGACCGUAGUUUUGCGCGGGGUGAUGCUUUAGCACGCCAUGCCAAGGGAGUCGGUGGCUGUGCAAGCCGUAGGGCCAGCAUGGGCAGCUUUGGCGCCGGUGACGGAGUCGAUGAAUCGGCGGUGCAUGAAGGCGAUGACAGCAUGAUGUCGGGCGUCAUGUACGAGGCGAACGAUACAGCGAUGUCGGAAGAUGACCGCAGGCGGCUCAGUAUGACAACCACCAUCAAGCCCGCGCACGCAGCUGCGGGCCACACGUCAGAUAAUUUUGGUCAUCAGAGUCGUCCACUAGCGAGACAAGGUACUGCUGGAGGUAUUACCGAAAGUCCCAAACCAUUAAGCCCCGGCAGUGCGCUCGCUGCGCAGUUGGGCCAAGAUCCGGCUCAAAACAGUCAGCGUUCCCCGAGCUUGACCACGCAUGUGGCACAGCAAGCCUACAACCGACGGCAAACAGACUCCAGUCAAGCUGGAGUUGCGGCUGCUGCUGGUGGCCCAAUCAAUCACCAGUCAGGAGCUCACUCACGGACGUCAAGCGGUCCGAGCCAUGUGCCGAGUGGUGGGAAUGGCGAGAGCUCAAAUAACCUUUUCAGUACGGGCGACAAUACCACUAUAUGGUCAUAUAUACAGUCGGUCGACAGCAAAUGGGAAGCAGCUUUCAAGCAGAUGCAAGAUCGCAUGGUCGUCCUCGAAGCUGCCAAAGCGGGCUCUGAUGCUCAGGUCAUCUUUUUGGAGAACAAAUUUACACAGAUGGAAGGCAAGAAUGCACAGCUCGAGAACCAGGUCGCGCAACUUAUUGAGGAGGUCAACAAUCUGCGCCAGCGACUGGCAAUGCCGCAGCAGCUUGCCGAGGAACUUAACGCACUACGACCGCAUAUAUCAGUUUCGAGGGAUGUGCACACUCCUGAGGCGGGCCAGCAGCAACACAACGAGGUGGAGCAAGAACAGCAGCAUCUCGAGGCAAUCCAGCAGCAACAACCCGAGGCACAAAUUCCUGCUCAACCUCAAUCUGUAGAGGAGAUGGAUUUGGCUGCGCUCAAGGAGUAGGCAUCCUGCGGCGGCUGUCAUUUGCUGGUCGAUGCUUAGAAAUAGGCGUUUACAUCCCAUAGAGCACGUAGAGAACAAAAGCCUCUCUCGUCGUGUGUUAUCUGGGUUUCAUUCUCAGCUGUCAUUGUAAUUGUAAUCUUUUUAUUCCCUUUACCCUCACACCAUGUACCUUUGCCCUUUUUUUCAGCAAUGUCGAUAUAUCCCUUGAUUUCACAUUUCCCGGACCAAGGCAUCAUUCACCAUUUGGGGGACGGAGCGAGGAGGAAGCGAGUGUAAAUAAAAGCCGGGUGGCGUUAUGGGAGAAGGUGGCUUUCAAGCUUUGCGACCCAUUCUUUUGCUUUGCGAUUUUCUAGCUUUUUUUUCUUUUUUUUUUCUUUUUUGGAACUCGAUUGUGAGAAUAGCAAGAGGUGCUGAUGUGUCUUGUGCACCAGCAGGUUGAGAUGCAUGAUUAUGAACUUGAGACAGAAGAAUAGGAAGGGCUCUACGAUUCAAUGGAAGUGCUCUUACCUGCAAGCCAUUACUUAGGUAGCUUGGAGCUCUCAUGCUGCUCUCGCCUGUAGCCCAACCUGGUCAUACUUGCUUGUUUCCUGGCUGUGUUCUUCCCCCUCAUGUUUUGAAAUGCACCAAGGUUAUCACUCAAAAGUACUGCUGGGCUGUGUGGAUCAAAUGGCAGCACGGCAGUACUACCCGAGGAGAUGUUCACUACACCAAAGCCAACCAGGCUAUCUAUGAUGUGUCUGGCUCCAGGACGGAGCAACAAAGUGUGCGUUGCCCUCCUCUGCAAUGACGUUAACCAAAGUCAAUGGGCUAUCAUGCGAGUCUCUUAGUUAGCUGUUAACUGAAGUGUAUGUAGCACACCCCAUCGGAACGAAACAUACUUGUUCCGAUACCAACCAAUGCUCUACUUUUUACUUUGCGG